AUGUCGCUUUCAACGAAAACGGAUGAGAAGUCUUCAGAGGACAUUUCUAGUCUUGAAAAAGCAUAUAAAGCACUAUAUGAGGUUGUUUGCUUCCCCUUUUUAUACAAAGAGUGGAUUAUGAAGCUAGGCAUUGAAUGCCCUAAAGGCGUAUUACUCUAUGGACCCCCUGGUGUAGGAAAAACGUUUUUAGUUUCGACAAUGUCAAAACAAUGUAAUGCAGAAUUGUUUAUUAUACAAGGACCUGAAGAUGCAUUGACGCCUCGACGCGAUAAUUCUCAAUCACAUGAAAAUAGAAUGGUAGCUCAAUUAUUAACAUUAAUGGAUGGUGUUAAAUCAAGAGGAAAAUUAAUUGUAGUAGGUGCUACAAAUCGCCCUAACUCUAUUGAUCCGGCUUUAAGACGUCCUGGAAGAUUCGAUCGUGAAAUUCAUAUGGAGCCACCAAACAUAGCUGACAGACAUGCUUUAUUUAAGUUACAGACGAAUAAAAUGCCACUAGAUGAUACAGUAGAUCUUGAUACUUUGUCAGCUAUGACAAAUGGAUAUGUAGCUGCUGAUAUCAACUCCAUGUGUCGUCAGGCAGCUAUGUUUGCUGUUCAAAGAGCUAGCAAACAGAAAGAUACUGAAGUCUUUGUGAAUAUGUCAGAUUUUAAAUCUGCAUUCUCUAUUGUUGGUCCCUCAAUGCAAAGAGGAUUUCAAGUCCAAGUUGAUAAAAAAAAUUGGACUGAUGUAGGUGGACUUGAAGAAGUGAAAAAGAGAUUGAAGCAAGCUGUUGAAUGGCCAUUACUAUAUAAAGAUGCGUUUAAAAGACUAGGAUUAAAACCACCUCGAGGCAUAUUACUUUAUGGUCCUCCUGGAUGUAGUAAAACAACGUUAGUUAAAGUAAUUGCAUCCUCUGCCAAUGUGGCCUUUUUGUCAAUUAAUGGUGCUCAGUUGUAUUCUCCAUUUGUAGGUGACUCUGAAAAAAUAGUUCGAACAACUUUUCAGAAAGCUAGAGCAUCGGCACCAGCAAUUAUAUUUUUAGAUGAAACUGAAGCUAUUGUAGGUAAAAGAGAUAUGGGUAAUGGUGGUUCAAGUGGAGAUAGUGUACAAGAAAGGGUAUUAUCUACACUUUUGAAUGAAAUGGAUGGAGUUGAAAGCGCAGAAUCAGUAUUAGUUGUGGGUGCUACGAAUAGACCUGAUAUGCUGGACGCUGCAUUAAUGAGACCGGGUCGAUUUGAUCAAGCUAUUUAUGUUCCACCGCCUGAUGAAAAGGCAAGACUAGAAAUUUUGAAAAUUCAUACAAAGCAUAUGCCUUUAAGUGAAGACGUUAACUUGGAAGAUAUAGCACAUCGAACAAAUUUUUACACAGGUGCAGACUUGCAAAAUGUAUGUCGUGAAGCAGCUAUGGAAACCUUACGAUCUUUUCAAACAGCAGCAUGUGUGAACAUGAUAAAUUUUAACAAAUCAUUAGCAACUAUCCCAGCCUCCCUUAAUGAAGAAUCUAUAAAAAUGUAUAGCAAAAAACCUCAUGUUUCUGAGUAG